UGGGUGCCGGCUGAGCGGGCGCUGCGCCUUUGGAGAGGCUGCGUUUUGGAUCGCGGGGCGCGCCGCGCGCUUUCCACCCCGGAGAGCCUCGCUUCUGGAGGCGAGGGCAGGGGGCCGGACUGGCAUGCGUCUCCUCGGGCGACUGGCCCUCCUGGGGUUCCUCCUGCUCCCCAGGAUCGCGGCUGCGCCUUCUCAGGGUUCGGCUGCGUCCCGCCACGACUGCGCCGGGGGUCCCCUUUACUACGACGAAGCAGCGCGCACCUGCUGCUACCGAUGUCCCGAAGGAUACCGUGCAAAGACUGCCUGCCCCAGAGAUGUUUCCAGCGGUUGCACGAAGGUGCCCUGCCAAUCAGAGUCCUUUCUGAACUCGAAUUAUGUGACGCCCCAUUGUGAGGCUUGUGUGUCCUGCAACCCAGAGCGCCACCUUGUAGAGGCACAGCCUUGCACCCCUACGUCCAACCGGGUGUGCCAAUGCCGGGCUGGGUGGUACUGCCAAACAACGCUGGGGAAGACCUGCCAUCGGUGCAACCCCCAUUCCUCGUGCAAGCCCGGGUUUGGCGUCCGGACCAGAGGCACAGCUGAGACGGACACUGUCUGCCAGAAAUGUCCCCCGGGAAUGUUCUCUGACGAAGAUUCGAACACGCAGCCCUGCAAGAACCACACCGACUGUGCCCAGCUCAACAAGCUCACCUGGAGUGCAGGGAAUGCCACGCAUGACAGACGCUGCGCUGACCAGGCGGCUGACCAGCAGCUGAACCUUGCUGUGCCCGUUGGCACCGUGGCCACUCUCCUGAAAUCCCGGCCGGCCAGCAUUCCGGGCACCAAGGAGCCCUCGGCUCCAUCGGGCAACAGAUCUGUCGGUGUGGUCUUUAGCAUCACAACCGGGAGACCCCAGGCCAGAUUCGACCCUAGCCACAUUCCUCGUCACGCGACGCUGGCGCGAGCGGAGAGAACAUCCAGAAGAGAUGGUCGGAGUUUGGCCCUCUUAGGAGCCUCGCUCCUGGUGGUGUCCUUCGCCCUCCUGGCCGUCUUCCUGUUUCUGUGGCGGAGGAGAGCCUGCGCCCAGUGGAUUGUGCCCCACAAAGUGAAAAUCACUCAUCAGGCGAAGGUCUGUGGAGUAAGUACGGCCCCGAUCCUGCAGGUUCCUCCUGCCCUCUCAAGGAGCUUAAAGGAAAAUCUUUCACUGCGAUGGAAGCCCUGCUUGAGGCUAUAUUUGCAGCCACCUCAGCCGAACAAAGGACCGCGAGAACGUCAUCUUUGGAGAAGGUGGAAGGAAGUGAGCCAGGGAGAAUCAAGCUCCCUGUGGACAAGAGAGCUAGGUUUCAGCUGUCGGAUUGAUACGCUGUUGUCUGCGGAUCCCGAGCCUGAAGGAGGAGAUCCGAUCACUGCCGAGGCCCUCCCAGAAACCCCCAGUGACAACCCCCUCUUGGAAAUGGAGGGACCUUCCGCCCUCGAGCCGGACGGCGCGGAGCUGGUGCAUCUGGACGGAGGGAGAUGGACGGAACCCCCUCCACAAAGCCACACCAGCAACCGCAUCGAGAAGAUCUACAUCAUGAGAGCCAACACGGUCAUCGUGGGCUCCGUGUCGGAAGUGCCGCCUGGGAAGACCUGUGGCCCCGGAGACGAGGAAGAUGAAAACGCCAGCGUCCAAGAGGAUGGCGGCCAAGAGCUGGAGCUGGCGAUGCAUUAUCCCGAACAGGAAACGGAAUUUUGUCCAGGAAGUGACGUCACAACUCCUGUCGAAGAAGAAUGGGAAUUCCAGUAUUCCAGGGAAAAGACUUUGGCAAUCUAGGGGAAUGAUGGAGUUGCUUCAGCUGUAUUUUUAACGCAUGAAGAAUUAAUCUUAGAAUGGCAGAGCCGGAAGGGACCCUCUAGAUCAUCCAGUCCAGCCCCUGUCAAGGAGGCCCCGUGGGGGAUUCGAACUCCAAGCCCCUCACUCCAGAGACCAAAAACCGCUGAGCUAUCCAGUAAAGACCUUGGUGAAACUUUGCAGUGCUUCUUGGGGGUGAUGGAUCUAAAACGAAGAGAUU